AUGGUCAGUCCUUGGCCAUUUGCCCAAUGGGGAAUUGACCUCAUUAGACCUAUGCCCCAGGGUAAGGGCCAGGUCAAGUAUAUAGUUGUAGCUGUGGACUACUUCACCAAGUGGGCUGAAGCUGAGGCUUUAGCUGCCAUCACUACAGCUCGCAUAGAGAUGUUUUUCUGGCAGAAUAUCGUAUGUCGCUUCGGCAUCCCCCACACCAUCGUCGCAGACAAUGGUCGGCAAUUUGAUAGCGCAAAGUUCAAACCAAGCUUGACAAAGCCAAGGGUUGAUGGCCAGAACUACUCCCAGAGGUUUUCUGGUCCUACCACACCACCUACUUCCACAGGAGAAACACCGUUCUCUCUCUCCUCCGGUACCGAAGCCGUGACACCAGUGGAGAUUGGCCAGCCCACAUACUGA